AUGGCUCUCCGGCGUUCGGCCGGCGGCACGUCGUCACCGUCGUCGUCCGUCACCGACAACGAAAACGCCAUCAGGCUACUGGAAUCGCUGCAGAAUGACUUUAAGUGCUUGUCGAUGGAGACAAAGAAGAAAUAUCCUCAGAUCAAAGAGGCUUCCGAAGAGGCCAUUGUCAAGCUGAGAAACUCGGCGGCUGUUGCGGCCGAUCACUUACAACAACAACAACAGUCACACCAUAACCAUCACCAGAUCUAUUAUGUCGUCAACCAAAUACUAUAUCCUGUUGUGCAGGGUUGCGAGACCAAAGAACCAAAAAUUGUCAAGAUGUGUCUGGGAACCAUACAGAAACUAAUCACACACCGGGCAGUCGACCAAAAAGGUGCCCGUUAUAUAACUGAUACCUUGUGGAUGCUGAUGGAGUCUGGGACUGAGCAUGUAAAAGUAUUGCAGAGUGUCACGCUACUAUUGACCACAGACUGUGUGGUGCGCGGCGAAACUCUAGCUAGGAAUUUGGUGUUAUGUUUCCGACUGCAUUUUACCAAAGAAUCACAAGCUGUCAUCAACACAGCUGGUGCUACUGUGCGUCAGCUUGUGGCUCUAGUAUUUGAACGUGUAAUUCACGAAGAUGAGCAACGUGAACAGCUACUUAAAGUCUCCACAAAUGACGAUAACGGGUGUGACGCACAGCAGCAAAAAAAUGGUGUAGAUUCCUCUGCUCCUUCGCAAGAUCACAAACCACAGCAAAGUAGUAGAACUCAACCAUUGCCACUGCUUCACCACCAUAAUCAGUAUAAUGGUAGCAAUACUACUGGCUAUGAACCCCCUGUAUCAACAUUGGGCCCGUGUGCAGCAGAUGCAUAUCAUAUGUUCCAAGACCUUGUGCGAUUGGUGAACACCGACCGUCCAUAUUGGCUGGUGGGCAUGACAGAAAUGACCAGAACGUUUGGCCUGGAACUAUUGGAAUCUGUGCUUUCUGAUUUUCAGCCUGUGUUCUAUAAACACAUGGAGUUUAGAUACCUAUUGAAAGAGCGUGUCUGUGCAUUAGUCAUCAAGUUAUUUUCGCCUAAUGUCAAGCAUCAUAGUGGCAGUAGUUCUGGCAGGAGAAACACAAUCUCCAACACAGUAACUGGUGCUUCAUCUGUUUCUGGCAAUAAUAGCUCUUCAGUAAUGAUGAUGGGUGUUACUGGUGGCGCUGGUAGUCCUACCUCUAAUCAUCGUGGCGACGAUAGACCGCAUUAUGCAAUCACUGUACGACUGUUGCGUCUCGUCUCUAUACUCGUUCGCAAAUACCAUAAACUACUGAUCACCGAAUGUGAGAUAUUCUUAUCAUUGAUUGUCAAAUUUUUGGAUGCGGACAAACCUGCAUGGCAACGAUCUGUUGCUUUGGAGGUGUUACAUCGCCUGGUGGUUGAACCUGGCCUUUUAGCCGCAUUUUGUGCGUGUUAUGAUCUCAAGUUGCAUAGCACUAAGAUAUUUAGAGACAUAAUUGAUUCAUUAGCUGGAUAUGUGCAAUCAUUAUUUAAUCCUGCUAUGGUGGUAUCAGGUGGUAGCUCUAUGAACAAUGCUGCAAUGAUGGCAGCAACCGCAAACGCAGCACUCCAAGGACAGUCGCCAGCUGUGUUGGCCGGCAUGCCAGUCGGGCCUGGUGUGUCACCACAACCUGGUUUUUUUGGCCGUGGUGGUGUAUGGCUACCAGUAGUGAUCCAGCUACCAACUGGUCAAGCUAAGUCUAUCUACCUGGAAAUGAAUGACAAACAUGAUGAACCACCACAAGUGGCCGAUGGGUAUGGCGUGUCUGUGGCGUAUGCAUGUCUAGUAGACACUGUUCGUGCUAUUCAAAUUGAAGUGCAUCCUGACAUACAUCAAUCUGUUGUGUCUCCGCCUUCGACCACAGCUGUGUCAUCCAGUGUUGGUGAUGAUGGCCGUAGUCAUCACCGACAUACUGAUGGUGUUUCCCAAAAGAAUACCCAAGAAGAAGAUGAUAAUGGUAAUGACGAACAGAGGCAAACAACAGGAGUCAAGAGAUCUCCUUUACAUGAACAGAUAAUUAACAGUAGCUGGUAUGGACUACUAACAACGUUUUGCCCGCUAAUUGAGUCAUGUACCGAUGAAGGAAUCACAGAAAACAUGCUGAAAGCGAUGCAAGCAUAUAUUGGCCUAUGUGGUCUGUUGGAUAUGAGGGGACCACGUGAUGCCUUCAUUACAGCCGUGUGCCGUGCAUGCUUACCACCGCAUUACAACCUAACAGUAUUUAGCGGGACUGUCAAUACUUGUUGUGCUGGUCAACCAUCAAUGUCUUCUUCUUCACCAACUGUGCAAUAUGCCACUUCCGCAACGAUGUAUGAUGACCACCAUCACCAACAAUAUAGUAGUGCUACUGGUGGAGGGUAUGGCCCAGAAUCAGCUGAUUACAAGCAACAACAGCAGGUCAUAGUAGCCGUAGGUACUCCGUUGGCCACACCUUCGUCAGUUUUGCAGACAUCAUCGCCAUCCGGUACCUCACUUCAGAACCAUGGGCCUGUUAUGCUAACCGCUAAGAAUCUGCAGUGCAUGCGGGCUCUCUUAGUACUAGCCCAUUGCCAUGGUUCCAUCCUGGGUUCAUCGUGGCAUCUGGUGUUAACCACUCUGCAGCAUCUUGUCUGGAUAUUGGGUUUGAAACCAUCAACAGGUGGUAGCCUCAAAGCAGGAAAUAGUGCUGCUACAUCAGUGCCUAAUAGACACUCAGGUGUCACCACUUCUGCCACUGCUACGGAUGUAACGGGUGUUGGCUCAUUGUCUUCGUCCACUUCCUCAGUGUCAACCACUUUGUCAUCAUCAAAUGUUGCUGUCAUAACUACGGCUGUCAUGGCUGCUGACCUCCCUGUACUUUCAACGAUGCUCAGUCGGCUUUUUGAGUCCAGUCGGUAUCUGGAUGAUGUUGCUCUUCAUCAUUUAAUUGAUGCACUGUGCAAGCUGUCACAUGAAGCCAUGGAAUUGGCCUAUUGCAAUCGGGAACCAUCACUGUUCGCUGUUGCUAAACUUUUGGAAACUGGAUUAGUUAAUCUUUCACGUAUAGACAUACUAUGGAGACCUGUGACCAAUCACUUGUUGGAUGUGUGCCAGCAUCCACAUAUUAGAAUGCGUGAAUGGGGUGUCGAAGCUAUAACAUACCUGGUGAAAGCAGCUUUGCAGUACAAGUAUCAGCCUCCACUAAAAGAUAAUCAAAAACUACAGACAUUGUUGCUGAGUCCAUUAUCACAAUUGUCAUUAAAUAUGAAUGGCGAUGUCAGACAACGACAAUUGGAAUGUGUACUGCAAGUACUUCAUGGAUCAGGGCAGACAUUGUCACAUGGUUGGCCAUUAGUGUUGAACAUAGUUGGCGCUGUAUCAGACCGUCAUGGAGAGAACCUGAUAAGGAUAGCAUUCCAGUGCUUGGAACUGGUACUCACAGAUUUUUUGCCACUGAUGCCAUGCAAAUGCUUACCUUUGUGUCUAGAAACCACAGCAAAAUUCGGAAUGCAAACACGUGAUUUGAACAUAUCGUUGACAGCAUUAGGAUUAAUGUGGAACGUUGCUGAUUAUUUCAAAGAUAAUAAAGACAAAUUGCUGUGUAACAACAGUGGAGGUGAUAGCAGUAAACAACGAGGAGCCAGUGGUGAAGCAGUGACUGAUAGUGGUAAUACAAUAGAUUCAACAAUUUCAGGAAACACUGACCCACAAGAACUGGUGUAUCCCGAUUUUCCUGGUGUAACUACGCUAGCCGAAAUGUCAGAGUUUGACAAGUUGUGGAUGUGCUUGUUCACCAAGCUUGGUGAACUGUGUAUUGAUCCCAGACCCGCUGUUAGGAAGUCGGCUGGACAAACGUUGUUAUCAACAAUUUCAGCCCAUGCAAAUUUGUUGACGCCGUCGUCUUGGAAUGCUGUCCUGUGGCAGGUACUGUUUCCGUUAAUGAACAAAGUACAGGUGCUCUGCGAGUCGGCCAGUGAUUCUACGUGCAACACAGUUGCAUCUUCCGAUGGUACAGGUGGCACUGGUGGAGGUGGAAGUGGUGGAAGUGGAUCGGCCGGUGGUGGUACGAUCCUGAUACACCAUUCGCGUAACACUGACCAGAAACAAUGGGCAGAAACACAGGUGUCUACACUGUAUGGUCUAGCCAGGGUGUUUAACGCAGAGAAAUACUCAAUGACAGUGGGUGGAGAUUUUGUCAAGGCGUGGACGUUGCUGUUGGAAUACAUGGAAAAAGCUGCUUUAAAUAGAAAUGUGGAGGUAUCAUUGGCAGGAUUACGUUCGUUGCAUGAACUCUUAAUGGUCUAUAGUAACUCCAAUAACGUUGGCGAGGGUACAAAUAUGACGCAAAAUGACAAAAAUCCAGCGGCAAUGGACCAACUGUCGCGAGAAGAGGAUUGGCAAAGUAAAAACGGUGUUAGUGGAUCGACCGCUUCUGCAGCAGCACCGCCGUCUCCGUUGGUGGAAAAUGAGAUUUGGACGUGUACAUGGACUGUGUGGAUGCGAAUUGCAACAGCAGCCACUGAAACUACAGUGGUCGAAAGCCCCAUUAACCCACCGCCGACCUCAACUACCAGCAGCGGCUCAUCAACGGUUGGGGCGGAGGACCGUCGUCGUCGCGAAUAUCCACUACAACAACAUCAUCAGUCUCUGCAACACAAACAGAAAUUUUUAACAGCCCUGUUGCAAAUAUUUCCAUUAAUAUUCACUCGCAUCAAAGCCAGGUUCACUGACAAAGAUCUAAACGAUCUUUUCCGAGUAUUGGAUGCGGCAGCCGCUGUUGACGGGUCAGCUGCUGUGGUCCUAUCUGAUCACCACCAUCAAUACUAUCACCAUCAACAGCAACAACAGAACUACUAUGGUGGUAGCUACGGUCAACAACAAUUGACCCGAUUGCAGGACGAGAUUUUACAAUGUCUGGAAACGUUGGAACGUGAGACAUUGAUUUUUGACGACGAUGAAUUUGGUGGUGCCUCGACAUCUAAUGCUACUGAUAACGCGACGCCAAGUAGUGACAGUGGUUACAUCGACAAGAAAAACUCUAUGAUGUCGAUGGAGCAGCAGCAACAUCGACAAGAGUUGGUCCAGAGAUUUCUCUGUCCUCUGUUCGAUCAACUAUUGAAGUUUUGUCGCUUCGUGUGUCCUCCGCUACCACCUGCUGCAGCCAACAGCGGUGGCGAUCGACAGCAAAUGGCAAACGGUGCAGCCGCGGUCGACCACUUCCACCACCACAAUAAGUUCGCAGCGGCGGUGGCUGUUGAUUCGAAUUACGUAGCGUUUGGUGAGAAAGCAGUGCUCAUGAUUGUUGAUUUGUAUGGGAUGACAGCAGCCGAAACGUGCGUUGUCAAAGGCGAGAUUCUGAGACGAAUCAUUGAGGUAAAUUAA